GUCACCACCCGUCGACGCCCUCAAGAUGCCGCACAAGAGAGCAAAGAGAUCCGUCAGGGCUUCAAAUCAGCUGCUGCACGGCCAGGAUAAUGCUCCCACCUCCUUAUCCCACUCCAAAGACCCGCACUUCGCAUCCAUGCCAAAAGGCGCCAUGAGGAUCCUCGACGCUGCCCGUGUUCAAGCAGAGUAUCGGGCACGAAAACGCAAAGAGCAAGAGGCGCAGCAGAAGCGACAACGCGGUGAGGCGGUAGACGAUGAGGAGAAUGAGGCCGGACCAUCAAUGUCCAAGCCGGCUGCCUCCUCGAAGCUAAAGAUCCGCCCGGGCGAGAAGCUAGGCGAUUAUAAUCGCCGCGUAGAGCAGGCCAUGGCCUCCCAAGUAGCUUCCACGGCCCGCUCUGAGGCUCGCAAGCGAAAGAAGCAGAAGCGCGCUGAACGUGCGGCGGCCGCUGCUGGCGUGAGUGACGACGAGGAUGACGAGGAAGCCCAAUGGCGUCGCCAUGCCAAGGGAAAGGACGAAGCUGAACGUCGCGCGAAGGCUGAGCCGUCCAAGGAAGAUCUGAAGCGUGCGAGGCAGGAUAUGUCCGGAGGCAAGGAGGUCGAUUUCGCGAAAGCCUCUCAAGUCCGCCGGAUCAACGAUGUGGCGCAGGCUCCUCCUUCUUUCUCAAAGCUGCCACGCGGCCAGGGGGCUGAAGCGAUCAGGAGGAAGGAGGCACUAGCUGCUGCUCUGCGUGGCGAGGAGGCUCCUCAACCGCGAGCGAGCAGUAAGAAGGUGACCAAAGGGCAGAUGCCUGAGCCAGUUGCGCCGCGCAACAAGAAGGCGAAGUCCUCUACGCAGGAGGCUGGUGCAGGUAAGGCAGCGGCGAUGGGUGGGCUGCGCAGGGAGAAGGAGCUCGAGGAGGAGAGGCAAAGAGCUAUCAAGCUCUAUAGGGAGAGGAAGGGGAUACAGAAUGAGCAGGUGGAGAGGAGAAGGAGCAACAAGCACGCGAUGGGUUGAGGGAGUUGACGAGCUGCAACGACACGACAUUUUGAUACCCCACGGACAUGCACUCAGCAGGGUGCAAUCAAUCCUCGUCACCAACAGCCCGGUGAAGAAGCGGUGAGCACGACUGACAGUCUGACCUCUUCCACAGUCCUUGCCAUCCUCUCCCCCCUCUCCCCUCCCCUCUUACCCACCACUCAACUCUGCACACGCUCCAACCUUAUCACACUCCUCGCUUACACCAUGCGAUCAGUGACAUUAUUACAAGGAGCGAAGAUUAGAAUCCAUGACUCCUUUCGCUAUCCGGCUCAGGGGAAGCCCAAUGAUGCCCGCAUAGAUAGUAGGAGAUGCAGACAUUCCCGCAUGAGCGUACGAGGGACGUUGGUCUAUUGAGUAGAUGAGUGCCGCGCACGUAGGUGCGGUUACGAGGUGGAGGAGAAGAGCUUCUCGCUGAGGGCUUGUUUGAA